AUGGACGAUCGCCGCGUGUUCGAGGACGUCCUGCGCUGUCAAGUCCUUGAAAGCAACACCCCGUCACCAAGAGUGUUGGGAUGUGCCGCUUCCACUGGUUUGGUGACGCGAAGGGACGUGAGCUCACCCGGCAACGCACGAGCUGCAGACGCUCUCCAAAGGCGACAUGAGCUACUCGGGGCUGGAAGCAGCGUCCUCAACCCUCUGUCAAGCGAAGCCAGUGGAAGAGGUGUUGCAGGUGGAGCCGCUCGACAGAAGGGAGCGAGGAGAAGACUCUCUGAGAUGCAAAGACGAAGUACGAAAGGCGCCAAAGAUGGGGAUAGAAAGUUAUGUUGUGGGUGCGUUGUUGAGGGGAAGGUGGAGAGGGAAGGCAGCGCUGUGGGACUUAAGUAUUUUGCUCGUCCCUGGUGGACCGUGCGGGCUGGGGGAGCGGCGAGGCCAACAGUAACCAGCGCCCUCACGAGAGGCAGGAGACCGCUGUACACAGGGCCGCGAGAGCAAUGCUCCCCUCGCUAUCAAGGACGGGGCCAACAAGAGGUAGUGAGUAACGCAAUCCAUUCUCAAGAGGCUGUAUGGAUGCACUGUGUCCUUCAUCGUCUACCGUAA